AUGGCACCGAUAGAGGGCCUCUGGCCCAGGCUGGACAGUUGCAGCGAACAGUUCAACCGGAUGACCGUGCACCGGGCCAGUUUUCGCGAGUGGCCGUGCUCGGACCGGACGCUGCCCGAGGUGCAAUGCGAUCACAAGCUCGUGGGUGGCUCUCAGGAACCCGUGCAGAACGUGACGUGGCAGAAACAUGACUUCGUGGCCAAGUGUCUGCCUGAGGCCGAACGGCAGCGGUCCACCGGGUCGGAGGACGGGAGGAGACCAUAG